GUCCGCGACUUUGGCGAAAGCUGGCGCGAUGGCAACGCGUUCCUGGCCAUUAUCGACGCGAUCAAAGCGAAUCUGGUGAAUAUCGCGGCGAUGCGAGAGGCAACGAACAGAGCUCGCCUGGCGACGGCAUUUAACGUUGCCGAAUCGGAGCUGGGUAUCGCCAGACUUCUUGAUCCCGAAGACGUCGACGUUCCCCAACCCGACGAGAAAUCGAUCAUGACUUACGUUGCCCAGUUCUUACACAAAUAUCCAGACCCAGGGUCCGCUGCUUGCGACUCGUUCGCUGCCGUUCAGCAAGAGUACGAUGGACUACUCGCUUGGCUUUACGAGAGGCUUAAGUUCUUGGAACAAAUGUCGAUCUCCCCGUUAGGCUUCGACGAAUACCUCGCACUGAAAACUGAAGUUGAACAACAGAGAGUCGUGUAUAAUAAACUGCAACGUCUUGUCGAAACACCUAGUAUGAUAAGCAUUACUCGGGACUCUUGGAGGCACGUGCAGAAUUUAUGGAAGUCCAUGGAAAUGCUAAUGUUGCGCUGGCUCUGGCUUCUGGACUCCUACCUUCCAGGUGAAUUAGGCGUGGUAGGCAGAUGGCUGUGUCGCGCUGAAGACCUGUUACUAUCUGAUAACGACAUACCCGAAGAGAUGACAGAAGAGACCGCGAAUAUAAUAUCGAACAAAUUGGAGGAGCACAAGAAGUUCUUCCUCGAUCUUCCCUCGAUAACGGAACGGUUCCAGGCAGCCAGGAUCUCCGAAGCCGCGUUGAACGUACAUCCGCAACAGCUGAAUGAGAUGGCUGCCAGGUUGGACAGUCUACCGGACCGUGCCGCCAAACGUAGAAUCCGACUAAAGUUCCUGGAACACAAAUGCUGCCUUAUCGCCUUCCUGUUCCUAGUCGAGACUAAAUUAAAGGGUUGGAGCGUGAAGUACGGCACUGAAGAGAGCGUUCACCAAAUGCUGGAGCAAUACAGAAAUUUCGUGUCCAGAAACAGGAUCUUCCAAGAGUUUCAAAAAGCGUACCUAGACAUGCAACAGGUAGUCGACGACUACAAACGCGAGGGUAACACUGACAGGGAAGAAAACGCAAGCAUCGAUCGUUUCAUGAGAGAGACCAGCGAGAAAUGGAAAAGCGUAUCGAUGGAUCUCCGUUGCGUGCAAAGUAUGCUCGAGGAGGUCGUGGCGUAUUGGCGUCGGUGGAACAUCAUCUCCGACGAGUUCACCGCCUGGUUGAACCGCGCCGAGCCAGCGUUGCGUCUGCCCGAAGAAGAGAAAAUGGAGUUCUUCCAGGACAUAAGCGUGUGGAAGGAUAAACACCAACAACUAUCUGACACUGUGACCUUUUUAAUCGCCACUUCGGACGAACCGGUUGCUCUGCACCUGAAACAGCGUUACGCGAGUCUAACAUCCAGAUGGGAGGCCCUAUUCCAGGAAGCUAAGCAAUACAUGCAUGCUGGAGACGUGAUACGAAACAGGAAGGACUACAGACAAGGCGUGGAAACCCUGCAAAAAUGGCUAAGGAAUGUAGAAUCAACUCUGACCGCUACUGAUUUAACUACAACCGAGAAGAUCAAGGCGUACGGCGAGAGGCUGCAAGCUUUUCAUACCGAAGUAGAAGGUAUCGAGGACCUCUUCAAGAAUAUCAGUAAGAAAUUCCAAACGCUGAUCCAGGACCUGUCUCGCGACGAGGUGGACAAGAUGAUGAACACUUUAAAGAAGGAAAAGGAAGCUCUGGUCAAAGUGCGAGCUCUGAUACCGAUGCAACUUCAUCUGUACCAUCAACUUCUCGUUCAACAGGAAUCUUUGGAGGCUGGACAGAAGGAGAUAGCUGCUUGGUUGGACGAGGCAGAAAAAAUGCUGACGGGCAUCGAUCUGUCUGGUGGUAGAGAGCACAUUCUUACUCAGCUCGAACGUCACAAAGCGUUCUUUUCGAGGACUCUUUAUUACAAAUCCAUGCUAGAGUCGAAGAAUAAAGUGUUCACGAGUAUAGUGAAGUCCGUGGACAGCCACGCGGAUGUGAACACCGCCGAAGGUGGUAAAACGUUGAGAGAAUUGAACGACAGAUUCAAAAGAGUGUCUCAAGCGGCUCAGAUCCAAGAGCAACGACUUCAGGAAGCAGUCAGGUGUUGGACCAAGUUCAAGGAUAGCGAGAGACAGGUCUGUGAGUGGCUAUCAGUCGCUGAGACGAUGAUGAACGAUAAACACACCGACAAUCGACGAUCAAUAGAGUAUCACAAGAAUUUCUUUAGCAACGUAAACGAGAAAUGGAUUCAGGAGUUCGUUACUGCCGGACAGGACCUGAAAAGCAUUUUGCCAAUUGAGAAACAAGCACCCGUUCAAGAAGCUAUAGAAUCACUGCAGAGGCGUUGGAAGGAAGUGUUGACCUUCGCGCCUCUUCAUCUGAUGAGGCUCGAAUUCCGUCUGGACGAGAUCACGUUCCUGCAGUACUUAAAAGAGAUCGAGGUCGAAGUUAACUCGGAACAACAAGCGUUGAUGAAGAAUGACAACGUGGAAAGCAUUUUGCAGAAGAACAAGGAGUUCUUCGUGAAUCGUGGUACGGUGCUCAACGUGGAAAAGUGUCUGCAGAGUCUGAAAAAAGUCAGCUACGCAUAUACUCAAUUGAAGCCGAGUGACAAUAGCUUGGCCGAAGCUGCGCAAAACGCUGAACGCCUCUGGGAGGAUUCCGCUCAGAAGGUAGAGCGCUUAAGGGAACAAUUGAAACAAGUGCCUGAGCAGUGGGCUGCUUAUAAGAAGAAAUUCGAUGAGAUGGUACGAUGGAUGGACCACGUGGACAGUAAUUUGAGAACUAUAUUACACGAAGUGAACACUUUCGAAGAAUUCGAAAAAGAGAAAACGAUAUUCCAGAUUCAAACGUUAACGAAAAUAUGCAAAGAAGCAGAUAGCAAACGGGAAGAGAUGAAAUGGUUGGUCCAAACCCUGGACAGCCUGACUUCCAAUCGUUCAGACCACGAAGCACUGUCAGAACAGAAUCGUUUAGAGCAACUUAUCACUCGCUACAAGAAUUUGAUACCCACGAUAGAGAUUACAAUGACGAAGACCGAUAUCUACUCGAAGAGCUACACUUAUAGGAAAGAAGUUCGCGAGGUGUGUACCCUUUUACGCAAGGUUCGCGACCUGUCGAAGAUCGACAUAGUGUCCGAAAGCCCGGAGACACUUCAGACCGCGGUGAGCAGUCAGGAGAAUCGCCUGAGUCAAUUGGAGCAACAGAGAUCGAACAUCGUCAGCAUGUUGCAACGCGGUAAGGAUCUUCUUAAGGAUCAGCACGCACCUCCGUUCGUGUCGUUAGAAGUUCAGCAACUGGAGUCCAACUGGAAUGAUACGUACGGGCAGAGCGUAGAGACGUUGAAGUCUUUGAAGAGUUCUCAGAAGUUGUGGAACACUUACACGGAGCAAAAGGAAGAAAUCUUGAAGUUGAUCGAACAAGCCGACGAAGAACUGAGGAAAAUCGAAUCGACUACCUACUACGACGCUUCUCAAGUAUCGUCCGAGCUUCAGAGUAAGCAGGACUUCAGUUCUUCUCUGAGAAAAUCUGCGGAGGAGUUGAUGAAGAAACUGCAAGAGACAUACAGUUAUUUGAGAGAAAUCGCUCCGCCGGAAAGGAAAGAAGUAUUACGGAAGGAAAUCGUGCAAACUGAAAGGAGAGUAGAGACCACUUUGAAAACCGUACAAGAGAAGGUUGUCCAUCUGCAAGAAUACAGCACCAGGUGGAACAAGUUCCAGACAAAAUUAAACGAAUUACAACUGUGGACGCAUCAGAGUGCCCCGCAAUCGAUUGCCGAUACUGAGAAUCUGACGACUACUCCCGAAGAGAUGGUUUACAGGACGGAGAACUUGCAGAAGGAGUUCCAGGAAAAGAUCAAGACACUUAAAUUCCUUGAAGAAGAGUCCCAAAAACUCGUGAAAGCUGCUGACACUCUCCCGGCCAAACAGCUGCGCGGUGACAUCACGAAUCUCGAGAAGAGCAUCGAGACCCUGCAGAAGAGUAUCGUCGUUCAACGUCAGACGGCCACUCAGAACUUACAAGCUUGGAAAGAGUACGAGAAAGGAAUCCAAGCGUUGAAACCUUGGAUCGAGGAAGCAGAAUCGAAGGCAGCUACCAUAGGCAGCAAACCUACCACUUUGCGACAAGCGGGUCAAAUGCUGGAGACCGCCAAGGCCUUCGAAGUACGAUGCCAACAAUACUUCCCUCAAGUUCAAGAUUUGUCUUUGAUCAGUCAACGAAUAUCCGGAAAGACAUCAGCCUCGGACGAAGUGGACGCCGUUCACACUCGCUGGAACGCUGUGCAUGAUACAGCCGUGCAGACGACGACGAAAUUAGACAAAUUAGUUACUUCAUGGACCAGCUUCGAGUCCGAGAUCAAAGACUUCAACGAAUGGCUCGAGAAAUCGGAGAGAAUGGUGCUCGUAGAACCGAAUACUCAAACGCCUGAGGUAUCUGUAUUGGAAAAAGAACUGGCGAGACUGAAGGACUUCAACAAGACCAUAUCCGAUCAUCAGGCACAAUUGAUAUCGCUGACGCAGGUGUCUGAUCACAUCAGCCACGGACUGUCAUUGGAAGGAGCGUCGAACUUGAAGGCUCGCGUGUCCGACAUCAAAUCCAGAGUCAGCAAACUCGCCGAUACAGUUAGACUGCAGAUCAACAAGGUGUCUGACUCGCUGCUGGCCCGACAAGAGUUUCAGAUGAAGAUCACCGAUUUCGAGAACUGGAUGUCAAGAUUGAGAUCAAACAUCGCCGAGAUCAGCGACGCCACUGUCGACAGCGUGGACACAAAUCUUCAAGCUGUGCACGCGUACAUCCAAGAACAUUCUGAGAAGCAGCCAAGUUUUGCUGCCAUUUACGACGAAGUUAAACAAUUGUCGGUCAAGGGGUCAGUCAUGGAGGCAGCUGCCCUCGAUGAGACGUACACUAACUUGGCGAAGAAAUAUAAAGCCCUGGAGGACGAUUUACAGCAGAAGAAAAAAGGAUUAGAGAAGUGGAUAGAGUUGUUGAGUUGGUUGAAUGACGCCAACGCUCAGUUGAGCCACUGCAAGUACGAGGCCGAGGCCAGGAAACCAACCAUUACCGAUUUAGACAGAUUUUCCUCGGAGUUACAAACUGUAUAUGACAAAAUUGAUAACUGGAAGCAACAUUUAUUACCUGACAGUGCAAUCGGAAUUCAAAUCAGAGACAAACAAGGGAAACCUCUGACUGCUUCGGGUCUGUUGAUCGAUUUAGAGAACAAGGCUAUGGCUUUGAAGAACGAGAUAUCCGCAAAACGGGAUAAACUCGAAAGUCUUGGCGCCAGGUGGAAUAACUUCCGAACGCUUCAAGAAACUAUUACUGAAAAGAUACUAAACACGCAAACGGCUCUCCAGGAAACGGCUUACAACGUUAAUUCCUGUAAACAUCUGGCUCCGGCUGUUGAGAAGAUCGAUCGCUUAAUCGAGGAGCAUCAGAAGAGGGAACAGGAGAAGGAGACUCUUCAUUUCGAAGGAAGUAUUUUGAUGAAAGAAGACCAGAGGUCAACGACUAACAUUCAGGUUGUCCUGUCUUCCGUUGACGCCAACUGGGAAAAGGUCAAUGAGCUCCUCCGCGAACAGAGAAAGAAAUAUGCUGAUAUGAACACUGAUUGGGUAGUCUACGAGGAAAGUAGACAGAAAUUGAAGAAAUCCAUCGAUGAAGCUAACAAUAUGUGCCAGUCGGUGAGAGGAGUGCCUUACGAUAUUACCCAAGCGAACAUUACUUUAGACAAGCACAAGAAAGCUUUGGACAUCUUGAAGAAGAGCAAGCAGUUCUUAGACAAAAUGGAUUCUAAGGCGCAGCAGCUUACAAAGGAAGCUUCGUUGAUGCCCAGAUUCAAUUCUGAAUUGAUUGAGAACGACUUAACCGAAGCUCGCCAACAAUACCAAGACUCGUAUAACGAUAUCAGUGAAAAACUGCAAGUCUACGAGACUCAAGUGAUCGUUUGGAAACAGAUUGAAGAAUCAAAGACUGAACUGAUCAAAUGGUUGACUAACACCAACGAAGCUUUGACCACCGCAUUCGAGCGUUUAAUGGAUGCCGAAAAUUGUCAAGCGAGGUUGAUAAGAUACAGGGAAGAAUUACCUGGUUAUCAGCAACUCUACCAGAACAUCGUUACCAAAAUAGAGCAGUUGGUGAAACUAAAUAACGGAAGCGAUAUCACUACUUUGAGUUCUCUGCACAAAUUGUUAGACGAACAAUUCAACCUUGUUAAGAGCUCUGCUGAUAAAUUGGAGUCCUUAACGUCUGCGCUGAAUGAGAGGGAAAGGACGAUUAGACAUGAGAUGAAGAGAUGCGGCGAUCUGAUUUCAAAGAUCCGAGAGGAUAUCAUCAAGUGCGACGAUUUAACCGGCGAGAAUAUCAAGAUUCUUGCUCGAAUCAACAAGUGCCAAGAAUUAAAGACAGAACUAGAAAAGUGUGAUUACGCUCUGUCGAAAGUUGAAGAAACCCUAACGAAAAUUUCUACGGAGUAUCCCAGCAUUUCCAGAUCGAGUUUACCCAAAGAAUUGCAAGCUCUUCAGCUGCGACGAGACGGUGUUGCCAGUCACGCUAACAAGGUGAUAGCGACGCUGGUAGCAUUUUUGACCAAACUCUAUCAUGAGAAGUUCGGUGCUCUCCAACGCAUGGUCGUGACUCUGAAGGAGAAAGUCGCGUGGUGCGAGCCCGAGCAGAGCAGUGAUCGUUACAACCUGGAAGUGAAAAUGGCAUCGUUGAUGGACGUGGAGGCCGGUAUAGCCGAUUGCACUGCAAGAAAAGAAGACACUGACAAUUCUUUGAAACUUUUGGCGUCCGUCGAAAGCGCCGAGGCUAUGGCUGUUCUAAAAGCGGACCGCGACAGAGUCGAGGUCGAUUUGGAGUCACUAAAAAACAGUUACAAGAAGAUUAAAAACGAUCUGGAACGGAACAUCGCGUUGUGGCAAUGUUACGAGCAAACUUCGGAUAACGUUCUAUCUUGGUUGAAGGAGAACGAGAAUAAGAUCAGAGCCGAAGCGUCUGCUUUGCUGAACCUAGACGACAUUGAACAAAAAAUCGCUGAGAUGAGUCAGAUGCAGAAGACGGUGGCGGAAUAUGAAAGUGAAUUGAAGGAAUUGACGAGCCUCGCUGAGGACAUUACUAGAGUCAGUUCCGAGUCUCGAGUAAAUCAGUACAUCAACCACUUGAAUACGCGUUACGACUACGUGCUGAAAUUCCUGGCUCAACAUUUGGAUCGACUCCGCGAGUUGAAGGAAAACAGGGAUCAGUACACGGCGAACAAGAAGAAACUCGAGGCUUGGCUGGAGAACGCCGAGAGGACGUUAAAAGCUUUUGACGAGAUCACCGGACCGAAACCAAUAACGUUCUAUCAGUCGCGUCUGAAGGAGUUAAAAGCGUUCGCUGAAGAACGAGAGGUCGGGCAAGCUAUAUUGAACAAGACCGCCGAAGCUGGCGAGACUCUGUUCGCCAGAAUCACGCCGGAUCAGAGGGAGACAAUCAGAACCGAAAUAAGGAACUUCCGUAAUCGCGUCGACGCCAUGGCGGAUCGCGCCAAUGUGAUCUACAAGAAAAUAGAGAGCGAUAUGAUGCACAGAUCUUCCUUCGAAGACAAGUUCUCGCAAGUGAAACAGUGGUUGGCGGACGCACAGAACAAAUUGGGCGACAGGCAAGAGCUGUUGCCGACGUUACAGGAGAAGAAAUUGACGCUCCAUUUGUACAGAGCCGUGGCGCAGGACGUGACUGUCCAUAAAAAUAUUCUUCAGCAACUUCAGGAUAGACUGGUCAACGCGCCGGACGACGACGCCAGUGAAAUGUUGGCCAACGUGAUCGAGGCUUACGAGAAACUGUCCAACGAAGUGGAAGGUAGAAUUAACAUCGCGGAGAAACAUGUCUCUAAUCAUGAAGCAUACCUUCAGACAUUCGAGAAAACGCGAGACUGGAUCAACACGGUGAUCAAUGAAGGGACACCGAUAAUCGAGGACUUCUCGGUCGAACGAGACACAGCACAGAAUAAAAUAACUGCCAUAGAUAAUUUGCUUCAACAACGAACUGAAGGCGAGCGAAUUCUGACUGAUUGUAACCAGCAAUUGAACAUCGUUCUCGAGCAAACGUCUCUUCCGGGUCACUCGGCAUUGAUAACAAACUUUGAACAACAGAAGAAAGUAUGGGAGGACUUCCUGAAGAGAUGCGAGACAGCUAGAGACAAACUGAAACAUCUAUUCGAUCAGUGGUCUGAAUUCGAGAAGAUCGUAGAAUGUUUGGAGGCUUGGAUCAAACAAAUGGAGACGCAGUUGAAGGAUCAGAGCCUGAAGAGCACGGAGGAGACCAAGAGGACUCAUCUGCAGAAGUUAAAAUCCCUGGAAGAAACUAUUAUCGCGAAAGGUGGUGAGUUCAAUGCCGCCGUUGAGAAGAGUCAAAGUAUCGAAGCUGAAGCCGAUUUAGCUACUAGAGUCUCGAGGCAGAUUACCAAGUACCAAGCUAUUAAGAAUCAAGUGAAGGAAGCUGUGAUGCGGUAUGAACAGUUUGUGAAGGAGCACAAUACUUUCAACGUAAAAUACAACCAGUUGCUGCAAUGGAUUACCGACAUUCAGUCGGAAUUGAAGAAACACAGUGAGAUCGUGGGCGAUUUGUCUGUGUUGCAAAGCAGGCAGAAAUUGAUCCGUGAUCUCAGCGACACAAGAACGAAGGAGAAUGCUAGAUUUGAGUCUGUCAUUGAUCUCGGUGAGAAACUGUACGUGCACACGUCUCCCGAUGGCAGAGAAAUCAUCAGACAACAAUUACGGAAUCUGAGAACCUUGUGGGACGGAUUUUCCGAGGAUCUUCAGAGCACCACGCAGAAAUUGGACCAAUGCCUGAUGCAAUUCGCCGAGUUCUCUUUGUCUCACGAGCAGCUGACCGCUUGGCUACGAGACGUGGAACGCGCGAUGCAUCAGCACACAGAGCUGAAGUGCACGUUAGAAGAGAAACGAGCACAGCUACAAAAUCAUAAGAUAAUGCACCAGGAAAUCAUGUCCCAUCAGACCCUGGUGGAAUCUGUCUGCGACAAAGCUCAGCAACUAGUGGACCAAACGAAGGACACUUCCCUGAACGUUUUCUUGCCUUCUAUCAAACAACUGUUCCACAACAUUGUGUCGAAGUCAAAAGAUCUGUUGGAAAACUUGGAAGAUUGCGUAGAGAAACAUAAUAGAUUCAAUUUGCAAGUGAAGAACUUCUCCGAUUGGUUGAACAGCGAACGGGACAAGCUCGCUGAGUGUAAUGACGUCACUGGAGAACGGACAGAUAUCUCCAGACGACUUGCUACGCUGACGAUGUUGAAAGAUGAUCAAAUGCAAGGCGCGGAACAGCUUGGGAAAUUAAAGGAGCUUAGCGAUACAGUUAUUAAAAGGACGGCGCCAAAAGGAUGGGAUGCUAUCAAUAAGGAGAUCACUAUACUUGAGAGCAACCUUCGUCAAUACUUAAGUGAAAUAGAAUCAGUAGAAGACAAGCAGAAAGCAGCCAUGCAGAAGUGGCAAGAUUUCGAAAACAAAUUGGAAGCGUAUACAAAGUGGUUCAGCACGAUGGAGGCUUCCUUUAGGGACCAGCAAUUACAGCCUACCUUACAAGACAAAGAAGCUAGGCUUCAAGCUCUGAAAGGAAAACGAGAUGUCAUAUUGAAGGAAGAAUCAAAGAUAGACGAGUUCGUUGACAAAUCUCACAGUUUGCUUCACGCGAGCGGCCUCGAACGUAUCAAGCCCAUGAUUUCACAAAUCAGCAACAGAUACCAACUAUUGCACGUGCUAAGUAAAGAAGUAGUAACCAGAUGCCAGAGCAUAGUAGAUGACCACAGAGCCUACGAAGAGAAAUUAAAAGUUGUCGACGCCUGGCUAACGCAGCUGGAGCAAAGUUUAUCCAGUCUGGACGAGACCGGCGGAAACCUUGAAGAGAAGCUUUCGCGCUUGCAGAUACUGUUGGCUGAGAAAGAACAGGGAGAACAUCGUUUAGCAAGUUUAACAUCAUUCGGGGAAAGGAUCCUCGCUGAUACGUCUGCACAAGGGAGGGAGCUUAUUCGUCAUGAGCUGAGACAGGCUCGAGAACGAUGGGACAAACUUGUGGAAGGAAUUGCCGACCAGCAGAAGAAACAGGAUGCCCAAUCCUUGCAGUGGUCCAAUUAUCAAGAGACGUUACAACAAAUUUUAGCUUGGCUGGAUGCCAUGGAAAGAUCUGUGAAACAAGAUUCUUCGAUCACGUGGUCCUCGCUUCAGGAAAUAAAAUCUAAGUUGCUUAAAAGCAAGGCAAUGCAUCAGGAAAUCCUAGCUUACAAGAGGAUAAUCGAAGGAGUGUCCGAGAAGGCCAACGCGUUGACCUAUUCUACUGUGGCACCCACGGAUGCUCAACAGAAGGUUGCCUCGGUUUCCAACAGAUACGAGGACCUCGUCGAGAUGUCGCAGAAGAAUAUCGCCAAUCUGGAAACUCUUUUGGACACGUUCCAACAGUUCUACGAUCUCCAAAAAUCCUAUCAGGAUUACCAAAAGCAACAGUGGGAACAAUUAGCCAAUUACAGUGAUUACACGGGCAACAAAGCUGCUCUUCAAACUCAGUUGACUAAAAUCAUGGAACUUCAAGAUAGCCAAAGAGAAGGCGAGUUGAAAUUAGAUAUUCUGAGCGAGCACGUGGCACAAAGCGCACAUUAUCUGUCACCAAGGUCUUUGGAAUCUAUGGAGAGAGACCUGGCCACUUUAAGAUUUGAACAUAAAAAAUUCGUGACCGCCGUGAGUGACAUUAUCCGGUGCAUCGAGGAAAGAAUUCAACAAUGGAGCGAGUACGAGAAUUCGUUGGAGCGUUUGUUAGCCUGGCUGGUCGAAGCCGAGACGUCCUUGAAGAAUUAUUCAUUGAAAAACACGCUCGACGAGAAGCAGGAACAGCUCGAAAAAUACCAGGCACUACAAAAAACCGCCUUGUCGUGGGACACGGAAGUGACGGAACUGGUGGCCCUCGGAGACCACCUGGACCAAAUGCUGAUUGUGAAUCUUCGACAAAACGAGGCAGAGUUUGAUAAAAUGAGCGACGAAUCUUCCGAGUUGAUGCAGAUCAGCGGAGAAACCAGAUUCUCGGCGAGCGUCCAACAAAUCACUUCCCGUUUCCAGUCUAUUCAAGCAACUGCAAGGGAAUUGGUCAAGAAAUGUGAACAAGCAGUAGCAGAUCACGCGGCCUAUCUCGAGCGCUACAAACAGUGUUCAGAAUGGCUGGCGAACGCACGGUCUACUUACCAAUCCAUUAAGGACGACCUCAGUGGAACCCGUCAAGAGCUAACUUCGAACGUAUCAACUUUAAAAGAUCUUUUAUCCCGUCAAUCUUCGGCUACCCUUUUGCUGAAUAAUACCAUCGAGGCCGGGGAGCGUUUGUACUCUACAACAGGCACCGAGGGCAGAGAAAUCGUUCGCCAACAGCUGUUGGAUCUUCAACAAGCCUUCGAGGAAUUGUACGAUGGCAUCGCGUCGACUGAACGGCAGCUGCAGUCGAAGAUCUCGCGAUGGUCCGGCUUCGACGAAUCGAACGAGGCAUUCGAGAAAUGGUUGAGAACGAUCGAAGCUGAAUUGAAACCGGAAAUCGAAUUAAAAACCACGCUGGACGAGAAACGCGCUCAAUUGCAGAUUUAUCGAGCGUUCCUGCACGACAUUCAAUCUCAUCAACAAGAUCUACUUGAUCUUCGUGAUAAGGUCGACAAUUUACCGGAUUCUACAGACAAAGUGAAUCAGACGUUGACGAAACUGAAUGAGAGACACGCGACGGUAUUGAAACGAGCGGCUGCCUUCGUCGAGAAGUACGAAGGCAUUGUGAGUGAUCAUCAGCAAUACAGCAAGGCUGUUCUAGACACGCACGAGUGGAUAGACGCGACGCACAACGCUGUUAUUCUUUGGGGUGACACGGAACUCGAAAGAGUGUCCCUUCACACAAAUCUGGAUCGUCUAAAGAAUUUGUUACAGAGCUUGCCCGAAGAUAAGCCGAGGGUGCAGCAAAUAAGAGUCCUAGGCGAGAAAGUAAUACCUGGAACCUUGGAGUCAGGACAGAUCAACAUUCGUUCACAGAUAGAUUCCUCUCAACAGGAAUGGGAGAGCUUAGUCACCGCUGUGAAAUCUACCAUAGAGAUGUUAGAGAACAAAUUGCAGCAGUGGAAUGAGUUCGAAACGUCAAAGGAAAGGUGUCUAGCUUGGAUGAGGGAAACCGAUACCAAGCUCCACGCUGUGGAUUUGAAAGCGACCCUGCAAGAGAAGAAGGACCAAUUGGAACUUCUACGAACUCUUCAGGGUCAGGUCCGAGCGAAAGAACUUGAGAUAGACGCUGUCACUGAGAAGGCCCAACAACUUCAUAAGAACAUAACAUCCCGUACAACGCACAUGUCAGAACUAAGCAUCAAAUACCAGCAGAUAUCGAACAAAGUUAAAGAUCUCAACAGCCGUUGGCAUCAGUACGUGACUACUCAUCAGGAGUUCGAUAAUCAAGUGGCCGAGUGCACCAGAUGGUUGGAUGAUAUCAGAAAGAAAUUGGCCUAUUGCUCUGAUCUUGGUGCCUCCUCGCAGAAGGACUUGGAGAACAAAAUGGAAAUAGUGCAAGACUUGUUGUUGUACAAAGAGGAUGGAUUCGCUAAAGUUCAGGGAAUCGUCGAGCUGGCACAAGCAGUACUGGCGAACACGGCACCAUCGGGACAUAAGGCUAUCAAUGAAACCGUCGGAAAGCUUCAGGAACAAUGGAGCGCGUUGGCUUCGAAAAUGCUAGAAGCUAAGACCAAUCUGGACGAUUCUAUCAACAAAUGGGCCGGUCUUCUAGAACAGAUACAGUCGAUGAAUAAAACUGUGGAUUAUAUGCAAUCGGCGUUGGAAGAAUUCUUGCCGUUCCAAACGUCCAUGUCUGAGAAGAGGAUCCAAUUGGAACGUAUAAAAGCGCUUGAAGAAAAAGUUCGAUGCGAGAACAUCGAAGUCGACGGUUUGAAGAUCAAAGUUGCCGAAAUGAUCGCCAGUGGUCCUCAAGGUCAAGCUGCAUCUCAGGCGCAGAGCAUCCUGAAUAGAUUCGAUACCCUGUUUGAAAAGAUUAAAUCGUUGUUAGCUGAAAGAGAAGAACAGUACAAGGAUCAUAGAUUGUACAAGGAAGCACACGAUGAUAUAAUCAACUGGUUGAGCAGAGCUCGCGAGAAGAUCCCAUCGAUGAAACAAAGGCCAUUGAGCGAUAAGCUUGCUAUCGAGAACGCCGUGGCUCCGCUUGACAGCUUAUUAAACAAGAAAGCUCAGGGAGAACUAUUGGUGGAGCACCUUCAGCACACUGGAAACGUCGUUUGUGCAAGCACGAGUCCCCAAGGCCAAGAAAUCAUAAGGAAUGAGGUCAAGGCUUUGACUCAUAGUUUCGAGGAAUUGUUCAGAGAAAUUAAGCAACAGAAGGAUCAGUUGGAGAAAACGGUGAGCCAGUGGCGCGAUUACAAGGACGAGUACGAACGGCUGAGCGACUGGCUGCAACAAUUUGACAUUCUCAUAAAAGCCCAGAAAAACUCUCUGUUGCCAAACGUUGCUGAGAAAGAGAAACAAGUACUGGAGGUGAAGGAAAUUCUCGAGAAUCUCCUUAAGGGACAAGAGCAGAUAGACAAGUUUAACAAAUCCGCGUCUAGUCUCUUUUCUUCUCAUCUGGACACUUACAUAAACAAUCAACUUCGACACUUGAACUCGCGUUACCAGGUUCAAGUGAACCUUGCCAAGGACGUUCUCAACAAAGUCGAGACCAACUUGGCUCAGCACAAAGAGUACGAGGCUAACUUGGCGAAGACCCGUGCCUGGAUCGAGAACGCGAAGCAGAUUAUUCGCAAGGGCACGGAAGCAGCUUCCACUAGCAGUCGAGAGGAAUUACAAAACAGGCUGGACAAUAUUCAAGAAUUAUUACGAAAGCGAGAGGAAGGUCAGAACCUGGUCCACUUGACCGUGAACUGCGGCGAGAAAGUGAUGAGAAAUACCAGAUCGGACGGCCGCGAGGAGAUCAAUGCUCAGUUGAAAGAGAUCCAGAACGACUGGGAGAGACUGGUGAAGAAGAUCUCGACCACGAAGGUUCACUUAGAAACGAGUCUCCUUCAAUGGGCGGACUACAGUUCAUCGUACUUACAGCUGCAACAGUGGAUCAACGACAGGGAAGCGAAGUUGCAGCAGGUUUGCGAGCAGAAGGUAUCCAAGGCGAGGAAAGGAUUGGCUGGUCUUAGUUCUUUGGCCAUCGGGGAAAGGAAGGCGACUUUGAGGCAGACGAACAGCAUAGUUCAAGAUAUCGUCGCGUUCGAACCGAUGAUUCAGUCGGUUACCACGAAAGCUGAGGACUUACGACAGGCGACGCCAGCCACGGAGAUCUCGAUCAAAUACGAAACCUUGAGCAAACAGGCGCAGGAGUUGUACGCGAAACAAAAGGAAACCGUGGAACAGCAUCAAGCGUUCAUAGACAGUGGUAACGAGUUCAUUCAGUGGAUAAGAGCUGCAAAGGAGAGACUCGGGAAAUGCUCGGAGCCUACCGGUGACAAGGAGUCGCUGGCGAACAAGAUUACGCAACUAAAGGUGCUGCAGAGUGAGCUACCGGAAGGUCAGAAGAAAUUACAACACGCGUUGGAGCAAGGAAACGCGGCGUGUCAGAUCGCGGAUGAAGAGGAUAAAGAAAUAAUUGAGGAGGAAGUAGCGUUACUGCAAGAAGAGUACGACAGCUAUGUGGACUCACUGAACAAUACGAAGACCUUGCUGGAAGUAGGCAUCGUGAAAUGGACAGAGUACGAAGACCAAUUCUCUGAAGCUACCGAAUGGCUCACGCAGACUGAACAGCUCGUGCAGUCGUUCAAUAAACUGCAGGACAGUUUGGAAGAGAAGAAGAAUGUCCUGGAACAAUUUCAAAUUCACCUUCAGACGUUGUUCGACUGGCAGAAGGAGCUUGAUCGACUGAACAUGAAAGCGCAGAUGUUGCUAGAAACCUGCGCGGAUACCAGGAUUUCGAACGCUGUUACCCAAUUAACGACCAAGUACAACGCGCUCCUGUCAAUGGCUAAAGAAAUAAUGAGACGCCUAGAAUUACAUUAUCAGGAGCACCAACAGCAUAAUACGCUGUAUCAAGAAUGCCAGGACUGGAUAGACCGAACACGCGAUAAAUUAGGCGAAUGCAAAGAAGUUCCGAGCACUUUAACCGAAGUAAAUAACAAACUUCAGACCUGCAAGGCUAUUAGGCAGACUCUGGAACAAGGUCAGAACAAGCUGCGCUACGCUCUCGAAUUAAAGGAAAAGGUAAUCAUGAACACGGAGCAGAACGGUGCGGCGAAGAUCCAAGAAGACACGGAGAACUUGAAAACGGAGUUCGAAAAAUUGCUGGUCAACGUGGAAGAUAUAAGACAGAAACUUUCUGCAAGGGCGAGUGCCCUCGAAGAGUUGAAUAAGAUUCAUAGACUCACCACCGAUUGGAUCGAGGAGAUCGAGAGCAAGAUUCAACCGGGUGAAAUGUAUAAAAAUGAUCUAAGCGAGAAACGAGCGGUAUUAGAGAAGUAUAAGACGGUUCAGAGGGACAUCCAAGGACACGGGGAAACCGUGGACCGCUUAAAAGCUCGUUUGGCUGAAGAUUCUAGUAUACCGGUUGGUCCUUAUCAAUCCACUAUCGCAAAGUACGAUGAGUUGACCAAGUUGAUCGCCGAAAAAAUUAAGAACCUAGAAGAACAGGUGAACGACCACGAGAAGUUCCAAAAGGCGCACAACGAGGCAGCCGAUUGGGUACGUCAUACGAAACUGGAACUCCAACAAAACUGCGACACCCACGGCGAGAAGGAGCGAAUCAUCGAACGCGAGAACAAAGUGAACCAAAUCAUCGCCUCUUUGCCAAAAGGGGAGACUUUGAUCUCGCGAGUGAUCCAGCUCAGCGACGGAGUAAUCGCGUGCACUGGUCCGGAAGGUCAGGAAGCCAUAAGACAGGACGUGAAACAACUGCAAGCAAAUUGGAAGUCGUUGCAAACGCAGUGUCACGAAUCUCAGAAGACUUUGUCCAAUUGUAUCUCCAGCUGGUCUCAAUUCACAGCAGCUUUGGACAGCAUGAAAAGAUGGAUAGAUCAUUUCCAAAAGAAGGUGAAUGACGAACAAUCAAAGGAGAACAAGACGCCGGAGGAUCUAGUGCGUUGCAAGAGUUUAGUUGAAGAGGCCAUUCAACAAAAACCUGUUCUCGAAGAUUUGAACGACAAAUGCGAAGCCUUGCUGGAAAUGAGUGCAUGCAGUUGGGCUCGCGAUAAGACUGUGCAACUGCAAUCAGCGUACACGUCUCUGUUGACGGACAUGCAAGGUCUGGUUUCCAAAGUGGAGAAGAACCUGUCCGAUCAUACAGAAUUCUUGAAGGCGAAAAAGGAAAUGGAAGAUUGGUUGCGUAUUGCUCGAGGCUCGGUACAAGAUUGCAUGGGUGUCGGUGACGCCGAGUGGGCCAAGGAUAAAUUGGAAACCAUCAAAAUCGUCGCAACGAGAAUCACCGAGGGCCAACAUUUAUUAUCAACAUUGCAAAACGCUUUUACGAAAGCGAUAGACACCGCAGUGCCGGAGCAGCAAGAACAGUUGAGGUCAGACAUGGCCGGACUUCUUUCCAGCUGGGAACAAUUGAGCAUAGAUUUGAACACGGUCCAAGCCCAGCUGAAAUCAUUGUUGACUCGCUGGGACGAUCACACUGAAGCUCACGGAAAGAUGAAGCUUUGGCUAGAGGAAGCCGAGAAGACUAUAGAAGAAAUCCCAGACACGAAAGGAGAAUUCGGCGAUAUGAAAACCAUGCUGGAACGUUACAAACAUAUUCAAGAGGAAGUUCGCGGGAAGAAAACUGAAUUGGACCAUUUGAUGGCAGAGUCUAGCGAAUUGGCCAAGCUGGCGAAGAAGAAUACGCCGCUGGAACGAACGCGGGAGUUAUUGAAACGCUGGCAGAAUUUAAGCGAGAAUGUAAACGAGAGGAAGAAACUGAUAGAAAACGAGAUGCAGGAGUACAAUGCUUAUCACGCAGCGUUGCAGGAAACCGAGAAGUGGUUGCUGCAGAUCUCGUUUCAACUGAUGGCCCACAAUUCGCUGUACAUCACGAACAAAGAACAAACAGUGUCUCAGAUUACCCAACACGAGAGUCUACUGACUGACAUUGAAAAUUACACCAGCGUACUGGAUGAUCUGAAAUUAAAGGGCAAUGGACAAAUCGGCCGCUACAUGACCAUUAAUCCUGAGAUUAAGAAUGUGAUUGAGACUCAACUACAAAAUGUACAAGAGAGUUACAAUUCUUUAUUGAACACCGCGUUGCAAAUUAAAAAACGUUUGGCGGAGUCUUUAGUGAAAUUCCAAGAAUACGAGAACACUCUAGAAAGCAUCAUGAAAAACCUGGACGCGUACGAACCGGAAAUAGCCCAGGAAAUUGAAGCACCGAUAGACACCCUCGAAGCUGCGAAGCAGAGGUUCGAAAAUGCGCGCACGUUGCAUAACAAGCUUCAAGGCGAGAAGACCAGACUCGCUUUGGCCGUGGAAGCGUGUGAAGCAGCUGUUGCUUGCGUUUCGCGGCCUGGGAGUCCCUUGGACGCUCCACCUGUGCAGAUCCCAGCGAGGGAAGUUGAAGUGCGAAACAAACUUGAAGAGUUGAUUGAUCAGGCGCAAGGACACCUGAUGAACGUGACCAAAGCUCUGAAUGAACUGGAAGAGCAAACUCGACAAAAGAAUGCUCUUCGCACUUGGAUAAAUCAGCAGAGAGCCCUGUGCGCCGAAUGGAAGUCGCGACCUGCUAAAUUGCGAUCCGAAGCUGCCCAUGCCGAGCUGCAAGCGAUGAACGAUUUGCUUAGUAACGUCGGAGAACGAAGAACUCACGCGUUGACGGAGUUGUCUCUUCACGAGGAUGAUCAGGAUAUCGAGGAGGGAUUGAACAAAUUAGAAGCGGAGUUGACAGAUGCCAUCAGUGGGAAACAGGCUGCUCAGGAUCUGAUUCAGAAGUACAGAAACCAGGUGCAGAGUAUGCAAUCCUGGUUGGACGCGUUGUCAAAGAAAGUCGACGUUAUCGAGAAAGGAAAUGGACAAACUAUUGGACAGAAGAUAGCAAGCGUCAAAGAGAUCAGCACGGAGUUUGAAUCUCAAGGACCGGCAAAAUUGGGCGAGGUAAAGAGUUUGGGUGACCAGGUGAUGGACUCUGUGAGCAACUUAGAUUCGCAGCAGAUAGAAGAGCAGAUCAAAUCUGUGGAGAGACGGUAUUCCGAUAUAGCAAAGAAGCUGCAAAGGAAAGCGCAAGUGUUGGAUAUGACUGCUCAGGGUAUCGAAGCGGCCAGACAAGAGAUUGAAGAAAAUCGACAAUGGAUUCAGCAGAAGAAGGAGCAAGCUCAAAUUUCUGAGCCCGUUGGGUACGACAGCAAACAGGCGGAAGAGAGACUUCUGGCUUUGAAGGCAAUGCUGAAAGAAGCGGAAGGGAAGCAGAUGGUGAUCGAUACGUUGGAAAAGCGAGUGGGAAACAUGCAGAACGAAUUGGAGAGCAACGAGCAGCAGCAACUGGAAAAUGAGACGAAAGCUUUGCGCGGUGAACAAGCGCAGCUCUGCACCAUUUUGACGGAAGGAAUUUCCAGUGCCACGGCCGCAACCGAAGCUCGUCGCAGAUUCGAAGCGGAUUUGGAAAAAGCUCGUGCUUGGAUCAAAUCCAAGAGUAACAAUCUAAAGAAACUGAGCGGCUAUCUGCCGCUGAAAGCGUCGAAAGUCGAACAGGAUAUCGUGCAGCACGGUGAACUGAAAGCGGACAUCGAUUCCUUCAGCGAGAAGGAUCUAAACGACAUAUUGAAGCAAGGACACAAUUUGUUGAAGGAGUGUAACGAAGAAGAUCGGGCAAGAUUGGCGAAAAUUUUAGACGAAAUGAACAAAGAUUACGAGGAAUUGAAAAGCGAGGCAAAGGAGAAACAGGCGGCGUUGGCGGAUCUUCUCCAGGGAAGAAAGGCUUUCGAAAGCGAAAUGGAUAAGUGUCAGAGAUGGAUCAACGAAGCUGAGGUGGCUACGUCCUCGGAUGUAAGAACUUCCAGCAUCGAUAUUCUACGGGAACAACUUUCAAAGUACGCUCGUCUAAAGAAAGAAGCGAAGGAUUACGCAGACGACAUCGAAAAACUAUUGCAACAAGGAAAGUCGAUUCUUCCAACCGUGAGCGACGCUGACAAGAUGGAACUAAAUGAACAACUGCAAAAUAUGAAAGAAGCUCACGGAAGAGUGGCCGGCAUCAUAAACGAAAGAGCGCUGGCGCUCCAAAAGAGCAUCGACGAAGCUGAAGAAUCUUUGGCACGAGUAGCCGAAGCCGUUCAAUAUAUGACAGACGUACAAAAGGAACUUCAUGAACUGAAUAAACCGAUUGGUUCCCGCGUUGAAGACGUAGAAGCAAUGCUAGACGCUUAUGAAAAGAUCUUGAACGAUCUGAAGGAGAACAAAGGGAAACUGUCCGAUCUACAGUCUGUGAACGUCGCUGAUCUUCACGGGGUAUUGACUCAGCAAGAUGAUCUUAUAAAAGCCAUAGAGUCCCAAAUUUCGAAACUUCGACAGCUGCUCCUGUUGCGACAGCAAUUCAUUGCUCUGAUCACUGAAAUUACCACUUUCAUUGCCAAGUAUACGGAGAUCAUCCGUGACAUUGAAAAUUCUGGGCAAACUAUAGAAGAAAAAAUCAAAAGGUACGACGACGCUAUUUUGAAAAUCCAAGAAUGCGAAGCUCUCUUGGCCAGUGCAACAGAUAAAGGACAACAAAUUGCUGCGGAGGGUUCAACCGUGGACAAGAACAACAUAACAGAGCAACUGCAAGCGCUGAAGCAGCAACUGCAAGCUUUGCGAAGAGCCGUGGAGACCCAAAGGGAGCAACAUGAGUUGGCUGCAGCCGAGCACAAGAGGCUCGCUAACGAAUUGGCUGAGAUCUUUGACUGGCUGGAGGACAAAGAGAAGGAAGUGAAGUCCAGACCGCUUUUAGAGAGAGAUCCGGUCAGCGUAGAAGCCGAGCUUAAGAAGCACAACGAGCUUUGCGAGGCUGUCAACGAGCAUCUUGACAGAAUUAGAAACUUGAAGAACUCAGUCCCUCACGAAGAAGGUAUGCCCGGAUCGUUGAAGGAAAUGCUCAGCGAAGCUAUGUCCCUGUUGACGUCCCUGCCCAGAGAAAUGGAGGAACGUGGCAAUUAUUUAGAAAGCAACAUGAAAUUGAGACAAGAAUACGCAGCUCUAACCGAGAAACUUCGGAGUUGGGUUCGCGAGGCGGAAAUUCGACUGGAAAGUGACAAAGACGGACUCGACUUUGAAAAUAUCCUGAGCGAUCUCGAGGAGCACAAGAUUUAUUUCAGCAGCGAGCCUACAAUUCGUGAAUUGGUGUCCCAACAGAUUCAACAGGCGGCCGAUAAAAUAUGGCCGUCUUUGAGUACGUCCGAACAAGAGGAACUGAGCGCCGAGCAACAACAGCAUACGCAGUUAUUGAAGAACACUUUGAAUACGGCGAAAUCACAGCGCGCCAGACUGGAACAGGGUGCUGAAACUUGGAAGGACUACACGCAAACUUUGGAACGCGUGCGGGCUGUUAUUGCGAGGACAAGAUUCACUGAUGAGCCUGUCACGACUUUAGCUGGAUUACAGUUUAAUAUCCAGAAGAUCACGCACGCCCUCAAUGAUAUACAGAAUCAACAAUUCGAAUUGGAUUUGCUAGUUGAACGUAGUCGCGAGGUCCUGCGGUUGGCCGAUGCCGAUAACAAGAAGACGAUAGAGACACAAAUCUCCGAGAUCAAUACAGAAUGGAAGGAAUUGGUCUCCGGGUUGGAAGGUCGCAGGGAUGCUUUAGAGGCGCUCUCCAAACAUUGGGAAGGUCUCGAGACGCAAUGGUCCACGAUUGAGACACGAGUAAACGCUACUGAAGAGAAAAGUAAACUUCUGGACACGGUGGUCCGUUCGAAGCAACACUUACACGACACCAUCAAAUCUUUACAUGAGUUGGUAGCGGAGGCCGAGAAAUUGAAACCGAUGGCAGAGGAAGUGAGAGACCUAUCAGCACCUGUUCUAGCUUACUUGGCAGCAUUCACGGAGGCACCAGCGCAUGCCCUCGAGGAGAAACUGGACAAACUGCAGAAUUCCGUCGAAGCGCUCAUCGACUCCCUGCGGAAGAAAUCGACGAAGGCGGACGAGGAGUUGGAGGCGUUCGAAGGCGCCGAGCGUGAGAUCGAGCAGCUGAGAAAGCGUCUGAACGAGGCGCGCGAACGCGCCUCGAACCUUUACGUGUUCGGACCGAAUCAGGACGACGUCGAGGAGGAGCUUGACGAUCUCGUAAACGACGUCGAGCAGCUCCUCGAUAACGCGAAGAAGUUCUCAGGAAGCACUAAGGCGCGGUACCAAGCUAGCCAGCAGCUGGUCCCGAGCGAUCUUGCCCAACAUUUGACUGCACUCGAGCUCUGCGCCGAGGCCACCGCACAGGCGAUGGAGGAGAAACAGAGGGAACAGAAACGCGCGAGGACAGUCAGGUCGGACUACUUGACUGACCUUGACGAGGUCCAGGCGUGGAUCAGACAGGCGGAGUUGAAGGUGCAGGAUCGAUCGAUAGAACCUGCGCCGCUUAAGGAGCAGCUGAGACAGGUGCAGGACGAACUGGGCACGAUCACCGACAAGCUCGAACGAUUAACGAGAAACGGCCGUACUAUUACGGAGAAUACGAGGGACGAGACAGAGAAACAAUUGAUCGACAGCACCGUUCAUAAUGUAACCGAACAGUUGAAUCAAGUCAGAAAUUGGUUGGACGAGCGGAAACAAGUGGUGGCCGAUACCAUCGAUGCUUGGCAGAGGUUCCUGGCAUUGUACGAGGCGGUCAAAGCGUGGACCGAGGAGAAGAAACAGUUCCUGAUUGAGCCUUUAAAGCUCAGCACUCUUGUGCAGACUAGGCAGAGGCUGCACGAAUAUUCGACAGCCGUAAAAAGCUGCAAACAGAUCAACAAGAAUCUGAGCGACAUGGGUAAAGAGCUCGAGAGUAUCGGUCAAAUUUGCAGCGUGGGUGAUUUGCCUGAAAAAUUGCUCGAAGCUGAGGAAGCUAAAGUACAGGUCGAAGGUCAACUGUUAGAAAGGAAUGCGUUGCUGCAAGAGACUAGCGAGGAAUGGGAGCAGUGCGAGCGUAAAUUAAAGGAAGUUAAAACGUGGAUCGAGAAAGCGAAACAGAGCCUCGAGUCGCCGCAGAACAAAAAGAAACCGUUGCGCGAUCAGCACAGCAUUCGGGAGAAAAUGCUGAGCGAUAUCGCGAUACAGAAAACGAAAAUCACCAUAUCGAUGGAAAAGCUCCAGGUCCACUUCCGGUCCGGAAUCGGUGGCGAUAGCCGGAUCGGCGAGACGGUAGACGAAUUGCUUGCCGAGUUGGACACCCUUCACGGAAACGUGAAGGAACAGACCACGUCGCUCGAGGCUUGUUUAGUUCAAAUCGAUCAAUAUCAACAGGAGAUACAACAAUUGAGGCAACAGAUUAUGCAGGUGGAGCAGCAAUUGAGGACAGUAUUGAGCCCCACGUAUCUGUCCACCGACAAGGAGAAGGCAUUGCAGGAGCAACAGGACAUCAUAGAAGAGCGUCUAAUGGUCUUACAACUGAGCCUAUCGAACUUAAGAGGAACUUAUUUACCGCGAGAUAGCGUAGAUUCCAUGCUGUCUGCACUCAUGAAUCUGUUAACGCAGUUACGAAAUUAUGAUCAAGAGGCCCGACAGUUGGAGGAAGAACUACAAAAAAUUCCAGGCGAUUGCGAGGCUCAAAAAUUAUUGUCGAACUUGGCGGAAGUUCAGGGUCGCAUCGCGACGCUUCUGGCGCAGGCAGAGCAAGGGCGAGCCACCCUGGAAGAUGCGCGAGGUCAGCAGGAGCAGCGUGGUCAUGAUAUUCACGCGUACAAGCAGUUCUUGGACGAAACCGAUGCAUGGCUGAAGAACAUCGUAGCGGGUAUGAAGGAGCAACAACCAAUCGCCACGAAUCAGGCUUUGCAGGAUGAGCUUAGCAGUCACGCGCAGCGAGUUUCGGAGCUUGAAUCGUUGCCAGAGAUCAGCACGCUGGCAAAGGUGCUGAAGAAUGCGCUGUUGGAAGUGAUGUCGCGUCUGCAGCAAAGGCAGCAGGAACUCCGCGACGAAGAAGCGCGAGCCGACGAAACGUCAGACCAAGGCGACGCUACCCUCGAUGAAGCACCUUCGAUACACUCAUCCCUCGAGAGUAGCAUGCCGUCCUUAGCCGACGUUUCGCUACAAACUGGACAGAGUUUAUUAGCAGAAGAUGUUGAGAAACCGCAACGUCUCACCAAGCAAACCUCCACGAAUCAAAUUCCAAUCUCGACAGUGGUCGAAACGCAAACCAUCGACACGGCACAGCCAGCGGUCGAGACUCAAGAGACGAUAAAGAUCUUAAAAACCACGGAGGGCGAUCACGAAGUGAUCGAAAUAGCCACGAAGAACUUGGCCACGGCCUCGACCUCCCAGGAAAUUGUCCAAGAACGUCCUGAUACGAUAGCGGAGGACAUCGUCGUUGAUAUGAAGUAUCAAGACCCCACGAACACCGAUAACACCACUAGCGAGUUGAACAUCGUUCACGCGGCUCCACAAUCGUUUGAGACGGUUUUGGUAGAACCAGACGAUGUGACCACCGAGGUGGUGGUAGACGAAGAUGGCUCGAAGAGGAUAAUAGUGAGGAAAUUAAGACGGACUACAGUGACCAGUAGGCAGACCACGCAGCAACAUGUGUCUUCCACCUCCACGGCAAUCGGAGAUGCUCCCUCCGCUGUUCAAGCGUUCUCCGAGGCUACUAUGAGAGACCAGCAAGUUACCCUAACUACGACGAAACCAAACGGCACCAUAGAAACCACGACGAGACAAAUUUACGGAGGAAGAGUUGCCACCGGGACACCUUAUAAAGAUGUCAAUGUGGAAGAGUUCGAGUCAGCCCCACAGUACACGCACAUGAUAACGCAAGGGCACAUCAGGGAUAUCAGUCCGCAACCGUUCGAGGAAGGAGUUCUAAUGGAAGGCGGUGAAUACCAAGCAAAAACGUCGAGUGUUCACGCGGUGGUGCAACAAGUGACCAGAAGAGUAGUUAGGAAAACUAGAAGGAUCAUCAGGAAGGUGACGAUCAUUGAUGGGAAGGAAACUGCCACGGAAGAAAUAAUAGAGGAACCCGAGGAGGUCGAGAUCGACGAGAAGAAUAUACCGCAUAUAAGCAUAAACGUGGUUAAACAAGAGGAUCAGAGACGCAUUGGUCCCGAUGGGAAAAUAAUCGAAGAGAAAACACCAGAACGCGUCGUUCUCGAAGACGUUACAGACAAAGAGAGUAAAGAUUCGAAGUUAGAGAAAACUGUUGAGGAUGUUUCAGUACAAGGACCAUUCUUUGGUGCGUUCGCCAAAGACAUGCAUCCGACCAUGGAAUUUCUCAAAUCGGAAAAGAAGGGACCAUCGCUGGAAAGUAAAGAGGAAACUGAAGGAAAACUAUCUGAUGUAGUUACUCGUGCAGAAUCUAAAAGUCCACUGAGAGAAGUUCAAGAAGAACAGCUUGUACAAACUGAAGUCGGCGAGAGCGUGCAACCGGAAACCGCUGAAGCAAUACCGGAAUUGAUAGUUAAGCAUGAGGUAAAUGGGGAAAAGUCGAUUCGUUCUGCCAGUCAGGCGUUCAUCGACGCUGAAGUGUCGACUGCUUUACAGAAGCAAGAGAUACACGAGACGCAGGAAGAGCUAGCCAAAUCUCCAAUCGAGUCGGACGACGUCACCAAAGCGACCUGUAAGUCUGUCGAUGCACCAGUAACCAGCGAGAUACCCAGUAUCAAACUAGAGGAUCGCACGGUAGAUGUAGAGAAGCACGCUAAAGGCACCGUAGAUGUAAUAGAAGAAAAGCAGUCGGCAAUUGAAACAACGAAAGAGUCGACGGCACAAAAACCAGUUCACGUUUCAGGAGAACCUUCUCUACCUAAGGAAUCGAUUCCAACAACAAUCGAGAGCAAGAAACCUGAACAAGCGUUACCAAUUCACGUGAAACAGCAAAUAGUGAAAAACUCGUUCGUUCCUGAAGUUGAUUACUCCGUCGAUGAUUACAUCGACGAAGCUCUGAAGCCAGAAUACAAACCGAUCUUUCAUAAAGUGGAGAUAUCUCUGGCCGUGAAAAAGGAAGGGGAAGAAAUGCCUACGGUGUCUGUGAAGAGUCAGGCUGAACCGGAAGCGGCUCCGUACCGCGUGGUCAAGGAGGACGUCGAUAUCAGAUUGCCAGCGGAAAAGGAAAGCAAAUCAGUAACACAUGACAAGAUCGUUCAAACCUCGCCGCGUACAGAACCCGCGGUCGUCACUUCGAAAAAGGAAACGUCGGAGAAAGAAGAAAUCGCGAUUGAGUCACCGAUUAAAUCCACGGAAACAAAACCAAGUGCCUCUAGUAUCGCCUCGAGCAUCGCCGAAUCGAUGGAGAUCGACGUUGCGCUAACCGAUUCCUCAAAGGAUAUCAGCGAAGCACCGCAACCAGACGUUACGAAAAUGCUUGAGUUGACAAUGUUAGAAUUAUCCUCGAAGCCAGAUACGUCCGAAGGUGAAGACGGUUACGAAGCGGAUAGAACGGUAGCGUUGACGACUGCUCCAGAAAACGAGAACGCGACGCGGACGAAGAAACGAAAGAAGAAAAAGCAGAGGAUACGAAGUUUCAAGGAGGAAGAACAAACCGAAUUCCCGAAAACAACUACUGACGAAGGGGAGUUCACUAACGGUUUGACGCCUGUGGAAACCGAGGAUGUUAAGACCAGCAAGAAGAAAAAGAAAAAGAAGAAGCGAGAGGACGGUGAUGUAAAAGAUUACACCGCGAAGAUCGAGGCGGACACUCAAACCGCUGGUCAGGAGUUUAAUAUUUCCGUCGCUACAUCACCGAAACAGGAUGAAGCGUCAGAAAUGUAUUCACAAACGUCACCACCUUUGAUGGAAGAGACGAAGGUACCGGAAACACAACAAGAGGAGGUGCAAACUUCACUCGAAGUCGCUGAGAUGAUCGAAUCACCGAAAGAAAUUCAAACGUCUCCGUUGCCCGUGUCCGAUUUAAGCGUGCAAACUCUGCCUGAAAAGGAACCAAGUUUGGAACACACCGAGAUGCAAACUUCUCCACUUUCCGCGUUGGACUUCAGUGUUCAAGCUGUAUUAGAAGAAGUGCCACAGAUAGAAGAAAUAAGUACCCAGACUGCAGAAUCUCCUGUGACGAAAGUUGAGGAGUAUGGUAUUCAAACUAGUCCGAUAAAGGAGCUCGUGUGUGUUCCAGCUAAGACCGAGGAAAUUCAGGUUCAAACUGCAACUACGGAUAUGGUUUCCAUUGAAGCACAGACAUCGCCAACAAUACCAUCCAUAGAAACGGAGACGCAAACCACGGAGAAGAUCGUGGUCGCCAUUGAACAGCAAACCACACCGCCACCCGUCGAAGAUAAAAUUCUAUCUGUCACCGAAGUUCAAACGGUAACACCUGAAGUACCGGAAACUAUAGAAAUUGGAGCACAAACCAGUAGCCCGGAGAAAACAACGAUGGACUUCAACGUCCAAGCUAAUUUGAUAGAACAACCGGUUGUUGAAGUAGUCGAAACGCAGACCACACCUCCACCUAUCGAAGAGAAAAUUCUGUCUGUCACCGAAGUUCAAACAGUGACACCGGAAGUACCAAAAACUAUAGAAAUCGAAGCACAAACCACCAGCCCAGAAAAAACAACGGUGGACUUCAACGUCCAAGCGGAUUUGAUAGAACAACCGGUUGUUGAAAUGAUGGAGACUCAAACCACGCCUCCACUUAUCGAAGAGAAAAUUCUGUCCGUGACUGAAGUUCAAACAGUGACACCAGAAGUACCAAAAACUAUAGAAAUCGAAGCACAAACCACCAGCCCAGAAAAAACAACGGUGGACUUCAACGUCCAAGCGGAUUUGAUAGAACAACCGGUUGUUGAAAUGAUGGAGACUCAAACCACGCCUCCACUUAUCGAAGAGAAAAUUCUGUCCGUCACUGAAGUUCAAACAGUGACACCGGAAGUACCAAACACUAUAGAGAUCGAAGCGCAAACCACAAGCCCAGAAAAAGCAACGGUGGACUUCAACGUCCAAGCGGAUUUGAUAGAACAACCAGUUGUUGAAGUAGUAGAAACGCAAACCACUCCACCGCCAAUCGAAGAGAAAAUUCUGUCCGUCACCGAAGUUCAAACAGUGACACCGGAAGUACCAAAAACUAUAGAGAUCGAAGCACAAACCACCAGCCCAGAAAAAACAACCGUAGACUUUCACGUCCAAGCGGAUUUGAUAGAACAACCAGUUGUUGAAGUAGUAGAGACGCAAACCACUCCACCGCCAAUCGAGGAAAAAAUUAUAACUGUUACUAGUGUUCAAACGGUUACUCCUGAGACACCAGAGAUCGUAGAAAUCGAGGCUCAAACCAGUAUCCCCAGUAGCCCGGAGAAAAUAAUGCUGGACUUUAACGUUCAAGCGGAUUUGAUAGAACAGCCUCCGCUCGAAGUUGUAGAAACACAGACUAGUCCCGAAGAAAGUCCGCGACAAAUUGAAACUCAGGAAGUGGAGUCGCAGACAAUUCAACCUGAACCGCUUCGAGAAACCAUGAUUCAAACGAGUCCAGUUUCCCCGGAUAAAAUGAACGUUUGUGAACUAUCUGCUCAGACUAGCUUGGAGGAUGUCAAAGAGUUGGUGGAUGAACAGUCACAAACUGCAACGCCAGAGGUAAUAAGAACGUCGGAGAGUUCGGUACAGAUAAAGACGAUUGAAAUAGUACCGCACGUUGAAGAAAGCGUGCAGAUUAUUCCGGAAACUCGCGAGGAUGAAGCACAGACUAGUGCCGAGAGAAAGAAGUCAAUGGUGGCGGUUUCCCAACAAACGGAUGCAACGCUGAAAGAAGAAAAGGGAGUGAUAGUUAAGGACGAAGAAGGUAACGUGAUAGAGAUUACAAAAGACGUGGUGGACGCGUCGACGGAUGUGAUGACACCUCCGAAGCUUACAAAAAUUCCAGUAGCACCUGAUGUAGAAGUACAAAAUAUUGAAGAGCUCUCGGAAGCAACGAGAGCGGAGGAUAUAACGAAACCAGCGUCUGUUUGGGAGACGAUUGCGAAGAUAGGUGAAACAAAGGAGGAAGAGCAUGUACAGACACUUGGUGAAAAAAUGGCACCUAAGAAAGAGCGUGAAGAGUCGUCUCCAUUAGGGAGAGACCAUGGAUUCGAGAUACAUUUGCAGGCAACCAUAGAAUUAUCCAGUGACGCUACCGAUACUACCAGUAAAUUAACAGAUACUUCACAAGAUACGACUACUACCGAAGAUUUAAGUAUAGCAGAUAAGCCGGUAGAUACUAGCGUUGGAAAGAGACAGAAGCGAAAGAGAAGGCACAAAACCAUCGAAAUUUCCACCGGUGACAAGGAUCUGGAGUCCAUAUUCGGACAACCUUUAGAAUCACGGGAUUUGUCCUUGAGAUUGUCUUAUUCCGACGUUGCUAAAAGAAACGUGGGUAAAGAGAGGCACCCUUCUGGUGACGAUUUAGACAAAACUUCUGACGAUGAGAUUGCACGGAAGGAAGAUUCUAAGCUGACACUCGAAAAAAAAGGAGACGAAUUACAAGCACGUGUACAAAGUUCUACCUCAUUCAUGACGACGACAGAACCAGUAAUGAUAAAAGAUACUCAGGACAUAUGGAACUUGGGUAAAACAGAAGGGGAUGUGAAAUCGGAAGUACAAGUUCCAAUGGUUCCAGAAGUGCUCUCUCCCGAGCCAAUGGAUACAACGGAGGAGACAUUCUCUCCUAUAGAAUCAGUGGCUGAAGAGGAUGAUCGGCCUAAGAUAAAAACCUACGCAGACAUCAUUAGCGAAUCUUCUAAGAAAACAGAUCAACCUUCAUGGGAAUUAGCCCAUCAUGCGACCCCAUUGAUGGCUUCCAGUUCAAAAGCGUUUAUACUUGCCGAAUCCAUGGAGUACGAGCCUCAACUUCAGCUCACUCAAAGCAGUCAAACUACCAAGGCAAUCUCCGAUCGGAUGCAGAAUCUUCGCAACGCUACGCAACCGAGUCACCUAGGAAAUAUUCUUCGGAUUGCUCACUUGGAUCAAAUGGCAAAUGAAAAAUUAGCCGAAGAGCGAGCUGCGGACGUAAGAAAAGAACUGUCUCACUUAAGGGAUGCUGCGCAAGAGAAGGACGCGGUCACUAUGGAGGAAACUAUGGUCGUGAUCGUGGAGACGAUUUCCACAUGGUUGGAGACAAUCGAAUACAGAAUCUUCUUGAGUAAAGAAUGUCCCGCCGGUCCUUCUCACGACGACAAAACCUACGACGAAUUGAAAGACGAAGUGGAGAACGUAGAAGAGAACAUUCAAGAGUUGAAUAACAUUUGGAGAACGGUGGAAACCAAUUAUUCCAGUAACGAUCGUAACAGUCUGCAAGAGUGUCUCGAUGCUCUGGUACACCAGGUGAAAAUGAUCGAGGACGCGACCAUCGACGGUGAAAAGCAUCGCAGCAGUGAGCUCGCCAGAUGGGACGAAUUUGUGAACGGAGUGCGUAACAUGUACAGGUUAAUCGAAGAACAACGCAGACGAUUGGACGACAUAAUCGAAUUGGAAGCGUCGACGAGGUGGAAGCUUCAAGAACUGGACAAACUGGAAAGCAUGAAUCAAUGUCACACGUGGAAAACGGCGGCCUUGCUAAGAGCCUCGCAUGAAUUACUGCGCGAGUACCCAGGGAAACAUAUUCCUGAGGAGUGUUACGCGGCUCACGAGAUGACCAAAAUGAUCGAACACGGAAUAUCCAUCGAACGCGAGCGUCUCCUGCAGCUGCUAUCCCUGGCCGAGGAAUACGAGCAGACUCUUCGAGAGUUCGCUCAGAUCACCGAGAUCGCGGAAAAUUUAUUGGGAAGCCCGAUCUCCGUGAUGAGUUUGGAACACCUUCAGGAAGAGAUGCAGAAACACAGGAAGUUCUUCGUGAAUCUGAACCACUGCCGAGCAAUCUUGGAAUCGUUGGAGGGCAACUUAGACCCGGAAACGAGAACCAAAUAUUCGGAUCUCCAUGAGGAACUGCAUAGUAGGGCGAUAUCGUUGUUAGAUCAAGCUGCAUCUAGAGCUCAGCAAAUGGCUUUAGCCGCGUCCAGAUGGAUCCUCUUGGAACAGGGAGUGAAAGAGGAACGGGGAUGGCUUCAAGUUGCCCAUCAACGCGUCCCUGACCUGCAGACGGUCACUUCCUCGGACUACGAUCAAUACAUCUCAUUGUAUCAGUCACUCGCAACGGAUGUCGCAACGCAUCACGCACGGCUUAUUCAACUCCUGAACGUGGCGCGUAGUUUACAAGAUCUGGUCAACAUCGAGGACCCUGAGGAUCGUUACGGCGAAGCCUUAGAUGUGAUCCUGAAGCUACAGGAUAACGUAGAAUCGUCGUUGAGAAGAUUGAUGGCGUUCAGAGAUAGCUGGGUCAAUCAGGAAAUUCUGAUAAACCGACUGGAGAACUGGAUGACGUCAGCGGAAAGGGAAUUGAAGAAACUUCAUGAUCCAUCAGGAGGUCACAUACGUCAGUUCUGGGAAAUGAAAGCACAGUACGAAGUCCACAACAAUAUUCGAGAGGAAGCGAGCAACAGCUUCGAACAAGCCCUCAGAAUAAUCCCACUGUCAGAUGAGAUGUUACAAAGACAGUUCCAUCGUGAGGUUCAGGACCGAUGGAACGACGUGAGCCAACGAAUUAAUAAAAUCCAGGAAGAGGUGACGCGAAACAUUUCUUCCGAGGAAAUAUCGUCCAACGAGAAGCUGAAACUACUCGAGAGAGAAUUGAACGAGUUGCGCGUAACCAUCGACGGUUUCCACGGUGUUUUGAAAACCGAGGAGGAAUUGGAUCUCUACAUCGAACGACUGACCGUACUUUUCGACAGGAUUUCGUUGAUUCAAGACGAAUUGGGCCGGUUGGGCUUGCUUCCGGUCGCGGAGAACGAGAAAGUAGGCGUGCUGUUAUCAUCGGCGCGCAGAAUCGAAGGCCAGAUCAGCGAAGAGUUGGACGCUGCGCAGUUACUCAGGGAAAGGCUUCAGGCCAUCCAGCGAGGGCUGACUCGUGUCAGGAAAGCUCAUCAACGGCAAUCAUCUAUAUUGGAUCAAUGCGAGGGAAGCGAGCGACAGGGAAGCGAGAUGGUCGCCGCUGCCGUCGAUCGUUGCCAAACGGUCGCCGACGAACUCGCGAAUUUAUGGCAAGAUAUCAUGGGACUCAGACAAUUACUGCACACUCUGCCCACCGUGAUGAGAGUCUCGGUGUCUCCAGUGAGCGUGGAACGAGACAUCUCGAAUCUUCAGGACGCGCACACGGACUUGGAGGCCAGGUGUACCAGACUGUUAACAUUGCUGAAGAACAGACUCGCUUUGUGGAGGAGAUUCGAGAGACAGUUGGAAAUGGUGCAACAAUCGGUUCAGGAGGCUGAUUACAUGAUGGAGUUAUUAACCGUUCAAGGAUCUGUCGACUACGACAGGUUGCUGAAGGCCACUGAAAGACUGGAGGGUCUCAGCGGUGAUUUGGGCGCGCGCGAAGUUCUCAUUGGCGAAUUGCGGGAGGCUGCCGAACCUCUGCGGGAGGGUUGCGCUGCAGAGGUCCGCGAGAAGGUCGAGGCGGCGGUAAAUGAGGCCGUACAGGCCUGGGAAGACACCAGGGCCGAAUUAGAUGCCCUUUGCACCAAGUAUCAACACGCAUGCAGAUUGUGGCAACAGUACAAAGACUCGAGCGCAGCGGUCAAAGCCUGGGUGGACACGCAGAUGGACAGUGUCGCCAACCUGCCACCCGAAGAGGCCGUCAAACAUAUCAAGGUUUGUGAAGAGACGAUGGCAGAACACAAGGAGAGGUUGGCAGAGCUCCGAGGGCUAGUGGCGCAGAUCGCGUCAGACGUCGGCCUGGACGCGAGCGGACCUUUGCAUUGCGAGGUGGAGGCUCUUGGACAACGUCUCGAGGACGUCCGCGAAACCCUAUCGUGUCUCGCGGACGCUGCGGAUGCCCGUGCCCUCAACCAAGAGCUAGCACGUGGCGACUUGUGUCACACGAAAAACUUCCUGGACUCGGUCCAACAGAGUCUUACCACGGUGAGCCAGGGCGAAACAAAGGAGCAAUUGAAGCUCCUUCGCAACCACCUUCUCGCGCUCACGUGCACCGAACCGCAGCUACAAUCGAUCAAGGAUCGCAGCCUGGAAGUGCAAACUCAAGAACCAUCGGUGGUCGAGGUGCUGCAAUUAUGGCAGAAGGUGUUCAGGGAAACCUUCCAACAGUAUCACCGCUUAUCGACGCGGUUGAUCAAAACUCAGGAUGGUGCAACCGCGUUGAAGCUCUGGCAGGAGUAUCUGUCCCAUGUGCAGGACUUCUUAUCGAACGAUGUGCCCGGGGAUUACAGUCGUCUGUCGGAGCACAGGAAUCUCUGCGAGGUCCAUCGGAAUCUCUUGACCGACCAACAGAAUCUCAUCCUCACUGUUCGAGCCAAAGAGGACAACAAUCUAUCGACUACCGAACAGUUCAAUAUCCUGACGAACCUGCACAACGAAACACUAGCCAAAAUCAUGGAGAGGCACGCGGCGGUGCGCGAUAGCCUAACCGCGUGGGACAAGUACAAGACGGAUCAGAGCAAACUUCUCGCUUGGUUGAAAGAGAUCGAGAGAGAGCGAGGACAGUUGCACCUUCGAUUCAUCCAUCUGCGAAGGUUGGAUAAAAUACUGCAGAGGAUACAGACGCUGUUGGAUAAGAUACCACAAGGCGAGGCGCAGCUGGAGUCCCUGCAGGAGCAGCAGGAAACCUUACUCGUGAACUGUGACGAGGCGCUGGCCGUGUCCAUCCGCAUGGAACACGCGGCGGAUACUCAGAGAAUAGCGAAUUUGAGCGCUAGCCUGGAGACGUGGAGGGACUUCAUCCAGAGGAUACAAAAACUUUACGCGGAAUACGAGGAGAAAACGAGCGGAAUCACCUCGACUUUUGAGGAGAUCAGUCAAACCCUGAGCAUAGCCUUUCACGCGAAGCCCGCCAGUUUGUCCAGAACGAAAGAGCAAUUGGAGUCGAUUCAGCAAUUGCAAAAUAGGCUAUCCGGGAUGACAGGCGAUUUGGAAUCCUUAGGUGUGAUCACGGAACAGUUGAGGGAGUGUCUUAGCCCAUCGGACAUGAAGUCGUUGAACCAACAACGGGCGCUCCUCUGUCAACAACACGGAGAUCUCGAACAUCAGGCCGCGUUACUGGUGUGCAGAUUAGAAGAACGUUGCGGUUUGUACGAUCGCUGGAAGGACAGAUUAGGCAGGUUACUCGCGUGGAUACAAGAUACGGAAGCCAGAAUUCAAGACUGUGACUCGUCGGUACCGGACGAGCCCGAGGAGACCCUUAAGAGACUGGAAUGCGAAUUGCAAGCAGAAAUCGCAUUGAAACAGCGAGAACUGUUGUGGGUGCAGAACAUCGGAUACGAUUUAAUAGAAGUAGCCGAGGAAAAGGAAGCCGAAAAAUUGCAACAAUCGUUGAACGAACUGAACGAGAGAUGGGAUCGACUGUUGGCUACCGGGAAAGCUAGAGCCAGCAAGUUAGUGGAUUUGAUGAGGACGAUGAACACAUUGGAAAAGAGGAUAAUCGAGCUGAAGAGUUGGCUGGCCAGCGUCGAAUCUCAGCUUUCGGAGACGUUCGUGAUCGAGGAGAUCAGUCAGAGCUGCAUCGAUAAGAAACUGGACGAUCACCAUCAGCUCCAGAAGACUAUCGAAGCGGAGAGCGGAAACAUCGGAGAUGUAUUGAAUCUCUGCGAAAUCCUGUUGAGCGACUGCGACGCGUGGAAGGCGUCGUUCAACACGGACGCGAUUAAGGACGGAAUGGAGGGCUUGGAGCGCAGGUGGACAGCCACCUGUAUGAAAUCGGCGGAACGGAAAGGGAAAAUUGUCCUCACGUGGAAGAUCUUACAAGAAUUGGAGCAAAUCAGAGCGGAGAACGAAGGCUGGCUCGAAGAAACAGACAAGGCUCUCACCGAUUUGAAAGACAGCCUCGAUGAUGUCUCAAAGGAGGAGGCGAAGAACGUCGUCGAGAAAGCGAAGAGCAUUCUCGAGGAUGUGGAAGCGCACGAGCCAGUCAUCAAAAUGAUCGAACAGAAAUUCAGCCGCUUGGCCAGAACCGGGCUUGAGCCGGAUAAUCUAAAAUUUCUUAUCAGUGAAACUAGGCAGCUUAUCGAUAAAUGGCAGACGCUGAAACCCAGAGCAAAUGCGUUACUAUUGGCUCUUCAGCAGGGACAGAAGAAUUAUCGAGACUUCAUUACCGUGCAUGGUGCAGCGGUCGUCGGUUUGACGAAAGUCGACGUUCAACUGACCAGAACUCAACACCUGGCGACGCCUGAGCAGAAAGCAUCGACACGUCGCAGACUGCGUCAAUUGAGCGAGAUCGAGGAAGAGUUGAGAACGCAGAAUAUCACGCUCCAAAAGGCGGAUGAGUUAGCAUUGAAAGUUAUGCAAGAAUGCCAUCCGAAUGACGUGGCGACUAUUCAAGAAUUGGUCGACGAGUAUCAGCUGCUGUGGAAGGACAUCAAGCAAAGAGUGGCUGCGCUACGGGCGGAGAUCAAAGGGGAAGAGAGGCUGGAGAUCGACGAGGCCGUGCAAGUGGAGACGUUGAAAUUCGAACAAGACAGCGCUGUUCAAGUCGAUACUCUGCCAAGGUUGAUGAGAAUGACGUCCAGCGACGCGUACUUGAUGGAACUGGAAACCGCUCUUAUUGAGUGCAACGAUGCGCUGGACACAUUGGAGAUAGCAGUCACUCCGGAUCCCGUUGCUGGACCUGGAUUAACUGCAACCGCUAAGAAAAUUAAUAAAUUACUCGGAAGUUGUCAGUCUUCGAUCGAACUGGUUCGCCACUUGCACAGUUUGCUCAUAGCCGACGGGAAACUAACUCCAGAUGCUGCUAAAGCCAACGAAGUAGAUGCGUUGACGGAGAGAUAUGAAAAUCUCCUGAUUUUAGCGCGCACACGAGAGCAACAAAUCAUAGAGCUGAGGUCGCCUAACUCUGAGGUUUACACCUCACCAUGCGGUCACGAUAAUGGAAGAUUGACCUGUCCCUUGUGUUCGCAUCGCAACUGGGCUCAAUUGGAGAACGAUAUCUGGAGAUUGGAAAAAUGGUUGGAAUUCGCUGAAGGCACUCAAAGCGAACAGUAUUCUCCACCUAGCGACAUAGAGGAGUUAGAAGAUGUUAUACAGGAUCACAGAGAAUUUUUGCUCGAUCUUGAUAGCCAUAAGAGCAUCCUGGUCAGCUUGAACACGGUCGGUGCCCAUUUGGCGGAUCACACCGAGGAUCUAUGUCGAGCAACGCAUCUCAGGGACAGAUUAAGUGUCGCGAACACGCGAUGGGACAAAGUUUGCAUCGUAGCUGCACGCUGGCAGGAACAGUUGCAGGUCGCAUUGAUGUCCAACCAGCAAUUCCAUCGUAUCAUCGAGGAGAUGCUCGUUUGGCUCGAAAAAACGGAACUCAGUAUACGAGCUAGCGAGCCGGUCGAUCUAACAGAAUCGACCGAGAUAAUGACCGCCAAGUACAAUAAAUUCAGGGAACUGAGGUGUGACUUAGAACGAUGCGAGCCCCGAGUUCUCUCGCUUCAAGAGUCGGCCAAUCACUUGCUGGACGAGAAAGGCGAAACGAGAGCUCGCUUACAGGAGCUGCGACUCAGAUUGCAAUCCCUUCGCCGACUCACCGGAAUAUACGCUUUAAAAUUAGGCGUGGCACUGGGCAUGGAUCCUCGAGAAGUGGGACUCGCUGCUACGACCUCUUCCCUUGCUGCCCUUUCUCGAGACCUGCUCGACGAAGCUGCCUCCGGAACCGUUCAACCCCGCGACGCACACGACACAGAUGGUGACGAAGGCGAACAAACGGUAUUGUCUCGAGGAUACCGUUUCCUGGGCCGUGUGUUGCGAGUGUCGUUACCGAUCCAGGCGUUGAUGCUGCUGGUCCUCGGCGUCGCGUCCAUGGUCCCGUCCGCCGAAGAAGACUACAGCUGCAUGCUGUCGAACAACCUCGCCAGAAGCUUCACGCCGAUGGUCGUCUAUCCGAACGGCCCGCCGCCGAUCUAACGAUAAAGAAGCCUAACUCCGUGCGCAACGACCACGCCGGACACAGAAGGGCUUCCAAUCGGAACAUCCAGAGGAAUCGCGCAAAGCGAAAGCGCGAUGCUCGCGCUUAUUUGACUAGUCUGUCGUACAGCGACACGUCAACUCCUCGACCGGAGGAUCGAUGAGCGUUUUGUUGUUCCUGUGAAUCUCGAUAACCAGGUUUCUCGUCGAAACGACCGAACGAGCGGAUCGUGAAAAUGUUCGAUCGUCUCAACACCUUUCGUAAACGACGGUUUUCUAUGUGUGAUAACGUUUGUACUUGCGAUGAUUAACGGCGCGCGUUACGGCCGAAACGAUCGUCGCUGUACGACGCCCUCAGCUUAUUUACACGUAUAAUCGUGAUCUUGGUGCAAUAUUUGCAUAAUACCCUCCAGCCCCCGAAACCACGAAGAGAAACUCAAACGAUGUUAACCGUGAAAGAGGAACGGUCCACGAGAGAUGAUUGCAUAAUUAUGUACGGCCUCUUAGACACGGUUUAUAUACGAUAAUUCGACGGAUCUGUUUCCGGUUAGCCGACAUUCCAUGUAACAUUACCGCGUUUGUAUUCGACUCGUACAAAGUGUAGAUAUCGUUCCGUUAAUAACGAAUCAGUUUUUCCUGCCCCGUCGUUUUUUUUUUCAGUUUCCUGUACAAAGGGCGAAAGAGAGAAAGAGGAUGAAUGAGAGAGAGAGAGAGAGAAAGAAAUUAAUGUCACAUGGAAUGCGCGAGAAAACGUUGACGAUUAAGGGGUAAUACCAUUGCGACGAAUCAAAUUUUAAGGCAUGUUUGGUAUUUCUUUUUAACACAACAACAAUAUGUGUAGAAAACCUGUUUUGAGUCAUUCAUUAUGUAUGUCAUAAUUUUUUUUCACCGGUCACAAUGAUUUUACCCCUUAAAUUCUAUUAACGAUUAUUAAACGAUAUAACGAAUCGCUUGCAUUGUGCACACACAAAUACCGCGACACGAUACGAUACGUGUACGCGAGUGUACUAUAGUAAUGAUAGUUAACUUUCAGAGAGAGUUUCACGAUUUUGCGUUAUUACGUAAACGAGGAGAAAAAUUAAUAUACAUAACUUGUUUGACUUUAUUUUUUAUACGUUGCGUUUAUAAAACUCUGAAAGAAGAAAAAUGGAGGGAGAGAGAAGCGGUUCGAUGUGAUCGAAACGAAACGUCCACUGACCGAUAUAGUUAUUUGACGUGAAGAUCGCUAAUCGCGAUAGUGAAUUGGUGCUAGUUCAAACAAUAGAGAGAAACAAAAUAAUUGUAAUUAUUCUGAUACGAUUAUAUGAUCACGGGAGGUGGUAUCGAAUUGUUCUGCUUUCCGUUGGUUUUUCUACGGUUCCUUGAAAGAGAGACGAAGAAUGAAGAGACGAGUGAUUAGAAUAAAAAAAGACAUACGCAAUAUGUAUAUUGGAAAUAUGCAGGCAAAACAGCAGAUAACUGUUGCUUCAUUGUUCCUUUCCUUUACGAGCAGGGGAAAGGAGAACGAUGCAACACUUUUGGAUACGCACAAAAGGAUCAUGAGUUCAUGCGAGGUACAAAAUAAGAAAAAAACAAUAUAAAAAUGACUGUAUUUAACGGCCCGCUAGUUUCGCUUUCUAAUUUAUCGGUAUAUUGCUUGCUACGCGACCGAGCUUUGUUACGUAUUUUUAUAAGAACAGAGCUUUCCGAAGGCGGUGUACAUCUAUCGAUGUAAUAUAAUUAUAAUAAAUUGAGACCUAUACAGAA